GCCUAUUGUUAACGUGAAGCUCGGUGACUUGAGAAAGUGGCGAAGUGACAGUAGUCGAUCAGUAAACUUUUUUGAAAUUAAUAUAUUUUGCAGUUGUCCCUAACUUUCUUCUCGUCCUCUUUGAGAACUCUUUACCCCCAAUUGAGUUGCUUGAAGUGUCGAAGUUUCGCUUCAUUGACUGCAGUGUCGACAAAAAGGCUUCUGAGCAGGCUCGAACGUUACAGGCCCGGUUUUGCAGACGCAAGAAAGAAACCUCAAAAAUGACGUACUUGCUUUCCAGCAACGUGCCUACCGACAUCACUGCAGACUUGCAUCGAUGCCGAAGCAAUUCCAUCACAUCUCCGAUUCGAACUUCCAAGCCGUUUGGGAGUCCCCGUAGGUAUAGCAUGGACUACUACUCUUACCACGACGACAGUCCCGUGCGACGACGUUUGCGCUGCACUAGCCCUGGUUCAGAGCGCGAUGACUGGCAGAUGCCGUUGUCGUUUACGCCAAUAUCCUUUGGCCGACGUCAGACGAAGAGAAAAGCGUGGUUAAGUAGCUUGCGACGCUCCGCCCUGCUGUCUAGUGUCGCCUUCAUAGUCUUCUCCCUGCUAGCUAUCGGGUUAUUCCUUGCUUUCAUGAUGCUAAUUCUUCAGAAACGGCCAGUUGACCAGAAUGCCGACCACCCAAAGCAAGGUAAAGCAAACAUUGACCAACCGCAGAUCAACAACGCAACAAAGAGUGUUCCCUACGUCGGAAAACGAGUUAAUGGCUAUCCGCCUUCUACAAACGUCACUUUAAAACAAUACAAAGCAAUGAAAGUUGCACAUCAAAAUGUCACCAAAAUCGAUACAAAAAGUAGCAUAAGUGACAAGAAUAAUACAAGCGAUCCCGAUACUCUAGACAACAUUAGUGACUAUCGUCUGCAAAAAAGCCGUGACGUGACCCAAAAUUCUGCGGCCAAUACUACGGUAGAGACUCUUGAUAUGACAAGCAUGGCUGGGGCUCAGCAAACGCAAGAUGCCACUGAAAAGCUUGUCAAUGUGGAACGAGAGCGCGCGGACGAAAUGAUGACUUCUCCUGGUCUUGGAAUUACUCAAGGUUCAUUGGGAACGAACGAAGCAACUGUUGAACAGACUCGAUCCAAUGUAGCUAAACCCAUCAGCGACACGCAGCUCAGAACGCCGACCAAAUCAAAAUCAUUAAUGAAAUCUCGUAGAGAACGUUUGAGGAGAAGCCGUCGGGGUACAUACCUCUAUGCUAGAAUCGUCCAGCCUACUAGAAUUCCGGUUAAAAUGAUGAUGAACGAUCCUCCAUCCCUCCAUGGGAACCAAUCUUCUGUCAGUCCAAAAAAUUUUGAAUUGCCGCCUUAUAUUGGAUCGAAAUUGGGAGACAUGCACUCCUCCCAACCAACUGGUAACCUGCCAUCAAAUCUGGACAUAACCACCAACACCUACCAAGACCAUGGACAUAAGCAGGCCCUAAGAAAUGAGCACCAAACCCAGGUGAUGAAAGGAGAACUGUCAAUAAAUUUACCAAAUCGAAAUCAGGCUCUGAUGCCGGAAACCAACCAAAAAACCCUAUUUAUGAACCAAAACCAAGAACCAAGAGAGCAUCACAGUUCAGUACAACAUCAACAACAGAUACUGCAACACCAAUUCCAGGCACCAGUGCUGAUACAACGUCAGCUUCAACAACCGUUUCAUCAGCAAACACCGGAUCAAGUGUAUCAACAAGAACAUGUUCAGACGUAUCAACAAUCACCGGAACAGGUCCACCAACGAGAACCCGCUUCGAUGCCUCAAGAAUCACCGGUUCAGAUGCCUCAACAGUCACCGGUUCAGAUACCUCAACAGUCACCGGUUCAGAUGCAUCCGCAGGCACCGGUUCAGAUGCAUCCGCAGGCACCGGUUCAGAUGCAACCGCAAUCACCGGUUCAGAUGCAUCCGCAGGCACCGGUUCAGAUGCAUCCGCAGGCACCGAUUCAGAUGCAUCCGCAGGCACCGGUUCAGAUGCAUCCACUUGCACCGGUUCAGAUGCAUCCACAUGCACCACUUAUAAUGCAUCCACAGGCCCCGGUUCAGUUGCAUCCACAGGUACCAGUUCAAAUGAAUUCGCAGACACCGAUUCAAAUGUAUCCACAGGCCCCGGUUCAGAUGCAUCCACAGGCUCCGGUUCAGAUGCAUCCACAUACUCCGGUUCAGAUGCAUCCACAGACUCCGGUUCAGAUGCAUCCACAAGCACCGGAUCAGAUGCAUCCACAGGCACCGCUUCAGAUGCAUCCACAGUCACCGGAUCAGAUGCAUCCACAGGCACCGGUUCAGAUGCAUCCACAGUCACCGGAUCAGAUGCAUCCACAGGCACCGGUUCAAAUGGACCAACAGACGCCUGUUCAGAUGCAUCCACAGGCACAGGUUCAGAUGCAUCCACAGGGAUCACUUCAAGUAGAUCAACAGGCAUCGGUUCUAAUGCAUCCACAAGAACUGUCGUUUCAGAUGCAUCCACAGGUAUCAGCUCAAGCGCAUCAACAAUCACAGGUUCAGUUGCAUCAGCAAUCACCGCAACAGAUGCAACAACUAACACCGGUUCAAAUGCAUCAGCAGCCCGCAGCCCAAGUGCAACAAGAGGCCCCGGUUCAGCUUCCGCCUGAAACUCACAUGCCACUUUUCUACCGGAACAAUGAAUUACAUCAGCAGCAACAGUGGGGUUCACAAGUGAGAAGGGAAGGAAAAGUUCAGGAAAUUUUUUCAAGAACUCAGUCUGCUCAACAACUCUCUCAAGAUCAAACAAAGUUUGCGGAACUCGAAACUCAAACUACCACUGGAAGCCACCACCAAGUAACGCCGCAUUAUGAUACGCAAACUUCCCCGAAAAAAGUUCUGGAGGUUUCGCCACUGCGCUCCUUUGUAACUCCUAGAGAAAAUGAGCAUCAACCGCAAGAACCGAUUACAUUACCAAAUUUCAGACAACCAUAUCCACACCAGCAACUCAAUUCCAAGAUAAAUAGAAGUUUCAGUGAUGUUACUGCUACUUCUUCUGACUCAACGGAUGCUAAGUUUUCGGAAAGUAAAUUCAAUUCGGAAAUUCAGAAAUCUGCUCAUCAGUUUGAAAGCACAAAUGUUAUGCCGAAAACCAACAUUGCACCAGUUUUUUCGUCGUCUGAAAAUUCAAGUGAAAACAAACACCCCAAUUUCGCGGGUGACCAAGCAGAGGACGAUAAAGUAUAUCCUAAACACGUGAGAACAGGCAGUUUCUUGACCUCGGAGCCUGUCUCAAGCAACUUCAUUGAUGAAAGAUCGGAAGAAAAUCAAGAAGAUCGCCAAGAAUCGAACUUACAAUCUUUGGACGACAAAAAUGAGGCAGAUGUCUCUCAAUACCUCGUCGAUGGUUCGAGAGAAGCGAAUGGAGCAAGGGCAUCCCAGGCUGAAGCAGCGGUCAACCCAAAUCAGGAAAGCAGGGCAUCGUCUUCAUCAUUCAUCCAGACUCCUCAACCAAGCAGUCCGCCAAGCGCUGAUAACAAACCCCAUGGCACCAAGGGUUACGAGUUACCUUCCGUCAGGCUGGUGAGAGCUCUAGAGGCGAACGAAGCGAAACAUAAACUAGACGCUGGCGACGCGUCCAAUCAAAACGCUCCGUCCAUCAACCAACUGAACUCGCUGCCACUGACCUUUCACCCUGACCCCAAUGAGCACCAUAUGCCUAAAUCGUUUCAUUUAGAUCAAGAACAACAAAUUUCUUCGAUAUCACAGGAAUUCUCCUUUAUGUCAGACUCCCAGGAGCAAGAAUCACCCCCUGCUCAGAAUGCACCAACAUUUGAACGAAUAGAUCCUCAGUCAAGUUUCCUCGUCAACACAGCUCCAACGCAUCAAACUUGGCCGUCACACAUGCAGGAGCAGUUGCAGAGUAACAGUGAAGCAUCAGAAAUGUUUUCAUCUGAAAGACAUGGUUUCCAACAGCGCAAGCUUCUUAGAUAUGAUGCGGCUUACCAACAACCCAAUCAAAUUCCUCAAACUUAUCAGAACUCGGGCGGGUUUUACUAUAACGCCGAACCAAACGUGCAUCCAAAUACGGCUUUCGAUCAUAACCAACAAAGAAGACACGAUGUAUGGUACUCGGGAGAUCAGAGGUUCUCCGCUGUUCCGUCUCGUCAUGACCCUAACCUUGUCCCUAUUGACCAGUUUAACCCCGUCUGGUCGAAUAAUGGGUUGUAUAGGAUAUAUUAAUAUUUUCCUAGCACAUUAGAACUAAUUGUUCCUCAAUGAAAUGUUUCGAUCCAGGUGUUCAUCGAAAUCUGUACAAUAUUAAAAACUCUUUUAUAAUGUACAAUGUUUUAGUUUCUGUAGGUUUGGUUUUAUUCUUCAAUAUAAGUAACUACGCUCUUCAUAUGCAGCAUUAGUGCUGCUCAAUAAAUUUGUUGGAUGUACUCGCUUUACCUCGAUGCUAUUCUCCUUCCAAUAUUUUAGCGAAUUGUACGUUUGAAAAUUAUUAAAUCUUCACAAAAUGAA